AUGGCCAAACGUACCAAGAAGGUCGGGAUCGCCGGGAAGUAUGGGACCCGCUAUGGUGCCUCCCUCCGGAAAAUGGUGAAGAAAAUUGAAAUCAGCCAGCAGGCCAAGUACACUUGCUGCUUCUGUGGCAAGACCAAGGUGAAGAGACGAGCCGUUGGCAUCUGGCACUGUGGUUCCUGCAUGAAAACAGUGGCCGGCAGGGCCUGGUCCUACAAUACCACUUCUGCAGUCAUCAGAAGACUGAAGGAACUGACGGACCAGUAG